GGCAGGAUCGAGUAGAAGAAAUCGUUCGGUGAAGGGAACCCAGCGGUUUGCUCCCCAUUAAGGAGAAGAUCAAGAUCCGAUUCCCAGCUGCACGCAGAGGACGGGGAUUGCCGUGGGUCUUUCAGUCUGGCUUUCAAAGCCCUCUCUGCUGCAGGGUCGGAGCAGAACUGCCUUCUCCGAGCAGCUUUCCUGUCCUGCUUGCAGCUCAGAGAUCGCCUCCCCCCCUCCUCGCACCAUUUCUGUUCGUGUUAGUUUUGUUCGGUUGGUUUAGCUUUAUUUUUUGCCUCCCCUUUUUUGUCUUUUUUUUUUUCCCGACCCUUUCGUUUAUUAUUAUUAUUAAUUAUUUGAUUUGAUUUGGGUAAAUUGCCUUCCUUAAACGAAAAUACUAACUCUGCAGUCGAAAUCCAUGCCCCCUGCCAUUCGAAAGAACCGGGUCUAAUAUGCCAGUGACAUCCGCGCCUUGCAGCAGUCGCGAUGAAGGAAAAAUCCAAGAACGCGGCAAAGACUAGACGGGAAAAAGAAAAUGGAGAAUUCUACGAACUGGCCAAACUCCUGCCCCUGCCCUCGGCCAUCACCUCGCAGCUGGACAAGGCGUCCAUCAUCCGCCUCACCACCAGCUACCUGAAAAUGCGAGCCGUCUUCCCCGAAGGUCUGGGCGACGCCUGGGGACAGCCGAGCAGGAUCGGGCCUUUGGAUAACGUGGCCAUGGAGCUGGGAUCCCACUUGCUUCAGACUUUGGAUGGCUUUGUUUUCGUCGUGGCAUCCGAUGGCAAAAUAAUGUACAUUUCUGAAACAGCAUCUGUGCACCUUGGCCUGUCCCAGCUGAAAUUCACUGAAUAUGAAAUCGAGAGAUCCUUUUUCCUGAGGAUGAAGUGUGUCCUAGCCAAGAGGAAUGCAGGCCUGACCUGCAGUGGCUACAAGGUGAUCCACUGCAGUGGCUACUUGAAGAUCCGCCAGUACAUGCUGGAUAUGUCCCUGUACGACUCCUGUUACCAAAUCGUGGGGCUGGUGGCCGUGGGGCAAUCUUUGCCUCCCAGUGCAAUCACUGAGAUCAAGCUCCACAGCAACAUGUUUAUGUUCAGAGCCAGCUUGGAUUUAAAACUGAUUUUCCUCGAUUCCAGGGUCACGGAAUUAACUGGAUAUGAACCCCAGGAUCUGAUAGAGAAAACCCUCUACCACCACGUCCAUGGCUGUGACGUUUUCCACCUGCGAUACGCUCACCACCUGUUGCUGGUGAAAGGCCAAGUGACCACCAAGUAUUACCGGCUGCUGUCCAAGCAGGGAGGCUGGGUGUGGGUGCAGAGCUACGCCACCAUCGUGCACAACAGCCGUUCGUCACGGCCUCACUGCAUAGUGAGUGUCAAUUAUGUCCUUACAGAUAUUGAGUACAAGGAACUUCAGUUGUCACUGGACCAGGUUACCAUUUCCAAGUCACAGUUUUCAUGCAGAAACUCAGUACCUACCUCGCAGGAAACAAGGAAAAUAGUAAAACCCAAAAGUAAUAAAAUGAAGGCAAAACUCAGAACAACACCUUACCCGCCACAGCAAUACAGCUCGUUCCAAGCAGACAAACUGGAAUGCAGCCAGGUGGGGAGCUGGCGCUCCAGCCCCGCUGCCAGCGCCGCCGCCCUUCAGGAACAGAACUUCCAUUCAGAGAGCAGCGAGCUCCUGUACGCCCCUCCCUACAGCCUGCCCUUCUCCUACCACUAUGGACACUUCCCUGUGGAUUCCCACGUCUUCAGUGGCAAGAAGCAAAUGCUGCCUGCAAAAUUCGGGCAGGCCCAAGGGGCGCCCUGCGAGGUGGCACGGUUCUUCCUGGGCGCGCUGCAGACCAACGGCGAGUGCCAGUGGCACUAUGCCAACUCCCUGGUUCCCAGCAGCCAGUCACCCUCCAAAAGCCUCCCUGAGCAGCCAGUGAACAUCAUCAGGCACAACCUUGCACAGAGUUAUGAAGUGCCACUGUCCAACAGGAGGUACAACCAGGACGCUCUGCCGGAGGCCUUCCCAAGCUGCACGGCGCCCGUGCCGGGCCGCUACAAAGAGGAGCUCUACGACUCUUCCAUCAUGAAACACAACAAAACAGAGCCCAGGCUCCAGCCCCCCGCCCACCUCAUCAAAGAGGAAAACAAGCUGGCUUUCACCAGAGACCUGCCAGAAAAAAUGGCCAUCAACGAGGGCUCCUUCUCCAACUCCCUGCUGCCCAAAUCCGAGUGCUGCCAGGCCAAAGCCGUGGGACAGCUGAGCCACCUGCUGCCCGUGCCCUCGGUCUACGAGCAGAGCAGGAGGAUUUGUGUCAAAGACCCCAAAUUUGGGCACAUCAGCCACCACCCAGGCAGCCUGGAGGAGCUGGACGAGAGGAUGAGCGUGAAGCUCGACCACGAGGCCGAUGGCGAGCGGCUGAUGGAUGUGAGGCCCUCAGGCCAAGUCCCCUUCGUGCUCCUCAACUACCACCACGUGCUGGCCAAGCACGGAGCUUUCCAAACUUCCCCCUGCACGGCCACGGGACACGUGGGAGAGAAUUAUUCCUACAACUCUGAGGAAGUCAACACGUUUAUUUACAAAAACCAAAGCCCCUCCUCGGCUUCUUCUCCAGAAACCCACAAGGAAUCUGCACUACCCCAUUAUAUUGGGACUUCUGUCAUCAUUGCCAACGGCAGGUGACGGUAGCACAGGAGGGUUCUGUGUUUCAUUAAGAAACCAAACUGUAAUGAUUUGCUAAAAAAAAAAAAAAAAAAAAAAAAAAAAAAAAGAAAAAAAAAGCAUGAGGAAACACAGUGACAUUUACUGAGCAAAGCUGGAGGGCAGUGAGGGACAAACUGGUGAGUUCCACCAGUCCCAGUGGCCAGGAAAAUCCCCUCCAUCCCCUGCCGUGCUUUGGUGUCCCAGAUAAAGCUCUGGUGCCAGGGAGAAGCCAAGUUCCAGAUCUUAUUUUUGUUAUUUUAUAGUGUGCAGCAGAAGGAAACGAGAGGUGUUAUAUGCAGAGGAUUAUAUGAAGAACAUUUUUUUUUUUUUCUUGACCCCCUCCUUAAAAUAAACUCAAGAUUUUUUUUUUAAUCAUUAUCAUAAAAUAUGCAUUCUAGUUUAGGUUUUUUUUUGACAAAUUGUGUGAAACCUCGCAUCAACUCUCCACUCAACCCCCUGACAAAUGGACUUUGUUGAGAGAGUGGUGAUUUUGAGCAACCACAACACAGCUGUCCUACCCAAACAGAAAAAAGCUUAUUUAUUAAUUACCAAAAAGUUUUAAAACUAAAUAAAUCAACCCUACAUUUGAUUUAUUUAACACAGAUUUCAGUGUUCUGAGAUUGUUGCCACCACCAUUUAUCUUGACAAGGGACAAUAUGACAAAUUAAUAGGUACAAAGAUAGGUAUUACAGGGUUACAGGUCUUGUCAUGGCAAAUUGGGACAAAUUAUGGAGCAGGAACUAAUUCCCCACAAAUAAGAAAAGGAAACUCCUAAAUCCUGUGUUUCCCUGAGUAUUCUGGGGGAAGCCUGUGCAGAUUUUCAACCCAGCCAGUCACAAAUACAUCUUAAUAACAGCACCAGAAAUGUUUUCUUUAUAGUCAAGAGAAUAAUGAACAUUUCUGCCUUAUUUUGAACUUACCAGCAGAACUGUGAGCUUUGAAAAUUCCAGUUCUUAACAUGAUGAACUUCCUCCAGCAUAAAUCCUGUUGUCAGCACAAAGGUAGGGCUGGAAUUCCCUGGUUGGAGCACUUCACAAAUCCCAAACAGCACAUUUGAAACUCUCACAUUUGGCCCAGCCAGCCAGGAAUAGAUUUUUCACCCCUUUAUUUUUAAUUCUUUGCAGAGGAUGGAUCUGUGGGAGUUUAACUGACAACACUCAGCCCACGGUGGUUUUCAACCAUCUCCCCAAACAUUGUGAGUGGAUAAAACAACAAAAGGCUCCCUAAACAAUAAAUGUGGCUCUAGAGCUCACUCAGCUCCGUUCCUUACCCCAAUUCAAGCUCAAUUCAGAAUUUUUCAAACUUUCUCUCAUCAGACUCUAAAGAGAACUUCACUGAAAAACCUUAAGCACACUGGCAUGGUGGAAGGUUCCCUCGAGGAGCUUUACGAUUCCUUCCAACCCAAACCAUUCCAUAAUUCUUUGAAGAAAAUUCUUACCUGGUUUGUAUAAUAUGGAAAAAACACUUGCUCAUGGAUUGGACCUUGUCAGAAAAAUCAUAAUUAAACACUCAGUCCUUAAAAUUCCAUGUUCUCCAUCUUUUCUAUGCAGCAAUAAUUCAUGCCAGAAUGGUCUGGGUUGGGAGGGACCUUAAAGCUCAUUCAGCAGUUCCAAACCCCUGAAAUGGGCAGGGAAUUUUCCAUUAGAAUACAGAAAUAAAGUUAUUUCCUUCUGUGUAUGAAUACUUAUUUCUAUGAGUACACAAAAAUACUUUAAAAGCAAAGGCUUAAAACAAUUUUCAGUAUUUUUUAUCAGUGCUUCCUGUUAAAGGUUAACAGAGAAGCCUUUAUUAUUAUUAUCAAAUUAAUAUUCACUUGAAAAAUGAACUUGAACUGAACACUCUCAGUUGCUGCUUUCAACUGCAUGAAAAAUAUAUUUUGUGCUAAACAGAACAAAAAAAGCCAAAUCAGUGACUACAAAAAAAAACCCCAAAACAGAACCAAACCAGCACAGUCGCUCCCUGUAACCUCAGUUUGUUCAGUGCUGGAGAAGCUGGCAAGUCUCCAGAAAAGCUGUAAAUGUGGAUUAUAAUCAUGCUGACCCCAUAAAUCAAAGGCAGGAGACACCAGUUGCUUUCCCACUUGGUUCAGAGCCCUCCCAGCCCCUGCUCCUCAUAAACGACCCCAACUCCUCAAAAGAUAAUUAUGGGUUCAUUUUGUUCAAUUAAAUUAAACCCGUGCCCCACAAAGGAGCCACUGGCAUGGUUGGCAUCAUUAAAAAGAAACCUGAUGCCCAACCUCUCCUGCUGCACUUUCUCCCUCAUUAGUGGCACUGCUGCAUUUGGGUGUUCCUGCAAGUCCUGCUUGCUAUAAAAACACCAAAAUUGGGCUUUGCUUGAGAAAAACACCAAUGAUAUUUUUCAGCUCGAUAUUUUUCCACCUUGUUAUUCCCACUUCCAGGCUUUAUUCCAGCAGCCUGAGCAGAGGAGGUGUUCCAUCAUUCUCCCCCAGGUGUUUUAGGGGAGGUGGUGCCCAGGCACAGGAAAUUUCCCUGCGAGGCAAUAAUGAACCAAUUAAGAACUCACAGCUGAUAAUGCAGGGGAAGGUGCAGAAAAGAUGGCAAAAGCAAAUGUGGAAAGGAUUUUUUUUCCUGUCACUCUCCAAGAUUUAAACAGCAAUUCCAUGUUCCCAUCUGGGAGUAAAUUACAUUGGGAGAAAAAUAGGAUUUUUUGGUCAGUUAAAUUACAGAUGUUCUCAGCAAAAUCACAGUGCAGAACAGGGCACUGCCAUCACAGUGAGCAGUGUUUUAAUAAUGAAAACUGUUUUUAAAAAUGAAAAUAAAAAGAUGGUACUGGAGGGGAAUGUGAAUUGAAAUAUAUUAUGAAAAAUAAUCUCAUUUCUCUUUAGUAUUUGAGCCACACCUUUGUAGUGAGACUUCACAAGACUUUAACUCUUGGGGGAGUACAGACCUGACAAGAAAAUAAUGGAAAAUGAGCGAAAGAGAGUGAAAGAGGGAAUAUUUUACCAAAAUCUUAGAAAAUUUGGGUUGGGAGGGACUUGCAAGAUCUCAUUCCACCCCCCUGCCAGUCAGGGAAUCAUCCACCAGACCCAGUAAAGCUGGAAAAGUGAAUUCCAUAGCGAGGGGUCUCCAAGUUUCGGAAGCAGUGCAAUGGAAAUAAAACAAGGUGAUAAAGGCACAGAUAAGUCCCCAGCUCUCUGUGCCCUGGGAUUUGAAAAACGUAAUUUAAGGAAAUUCAGCACAACAGGUGCAAAAUUGGGGAAUUCAUCACUGAAAGUGCCAAUGAAUGGGAAAUCUGCCAGAAUUUCUCCAGAAAUCUCAAGACAGGACAUAAAUUCUUUUUUUUUUUUUUCCAGCAUUUCAGUCACACUUCAAAAACGCCACAGAGGAAAUAUUGUUAUUCCAGUUUUUUCCUGAAGGUUAGAUUUUGCUUUUUUUUUUUUUAAUAUGAUGCAGAUAAAAGCUAUUUGGCAAGUGUAGGUGAAGCACGCAACCCAACCAACCUAUUCAAGCUCAGAAUUAUAUAUGUAUUCCCUAAAAAUGUAAAGCAUUUUUGCUUAUUUAUUAUGUAAAACACAACUGUUAAAAUGUUAAUAAAAUCCUGUAGCCAAAGGAAAA